AUGUUGGGAGCCAUUAUCGCCGUGCUCCUGGGUCUUCCCGUGGCUUGGGCACAGAACAGCACUUGCUGUCAAGCUCUCCAAGAUGCUGGUCUUGCCCAUGUCUUGUAUCCCAACUCGACAGACUACGCAAAUCGUACUGUGUCGUACUGGUCUGUCAGUGCGCAACUGGAGCCGAGUUGCAUUGUCCAGCCAACAUGUACCUCUGAUGUGGUCAAAGUGGUAGAUACGCUGGUAAAGGGCGAGAGCUGCUCUUCGACAAAGUUUGCCGUGCGCUCAGGUGGACACACUGUAUGGGCGGGAUCGAACAACAUCAACAAUGGUGUCACAGUCGAUCUUGGCUUGAUGAAGACUGUCACCCUGGAUAAAGAGGCUUCAGUCGCCUCGAUACAGCCUGGUGCAAGGUGGAUGCAUGUGUAUGGCGCUCUUGAUCCCGAAGGCUUUACUGUUCCUGGUGGAAGAGCUGGAAGUGUUGGUGUCGCAGGCUUUUUGACUGGCGGAGGCAAUUCUUUCUUUACUGCCCGCAAAGGUUUUGCUUGCGACAACGUAAAGAACUUCGAGCUCGUAACUGCGAGCGGCGAGGUCAUAAACGCAAACGAGAAGGAAAACCCUGAUCUUUGGACGGCACUGAAAGGUGGUUCCGCCGCAAACUUUGGCAUUGUGACGCGUUUCGACAUGUUCGCUUUCCAGACCGGCAACCUCUGGGGCGGCACAGCAACCUACAACAAGUCGGCCACAGCUCAGCAGAUCGAUGCGUACGUGAAGUGGACCGACAACGUGGAAAACUACCCUGAUGGCAGCUCGAUCAUCUUCUGGAGUUACUUGCCCGUAAUGGCCGACAUCGUCAUCCUCGCUGCCUACGAGGAUACCCAAGGCAACGAAGCGCCCGCUGGGUUUGACAACUUCAUGGCCAUUCCCCGCAUUGGCGACACCCUGCGAGUCGACAGCCACAAAGCGCUGACAGACGAGCUCGAGCAAGCCACUGGCUAUCGCGACAUCUGGUUCACCAUGACCUUUGCCAACGACGCCGAAAUUUUCACCAAGAUUGUCGAGCUCAAUGAGGAGUUCGUCAACGAGUGGAAAGCGAACAACGACCCGGACUUCAUUACUCAAUGCAUGUUCCAGGCAAUUCCCACGAUCUUCUCCAAGCACAGUGUUGAACGAGGCGGCAAUGUCAUGGGACUUGACAAGGAAGACAGGAACGGCAUCAUGCUGCUUUUCGACAUCGCCGUCAAGACUGCUGAUCAAGAAGCCGUCGCACGUCCGCUUCUGCGCUCCUACGCCGAGAAGAUGCAAGACUUUGCGCGCAGCAAGGACGGUCUUCUCAAUUGGCAGUUCAUGAACUACGCCGACGCGUACCAAGACCCGUUGGCGAGCUAUGGCACAGAAAACGUGGAGAAGAUUCGGGCUGCGGCGCGCAAGUUCGACCCCAAGGGUAUUUUCCAGACAAAGGCUCCAGGAGGAUUCAAGAUCUCCAAGGCAGGUUCCGCGACUGGUGGCGGCAGUGGUGGAGUGGAGACGAGAGCGCUCUUCGGCAAUGUCGAAGCAGAGCUUAGCGCUAUUGCAAACAUGAGCGAUUCGUAG